AUGGUUCUGGUGAAGGUGCUCUUCGUCAGUGGACGCCAACUGUUGGUCUCCACCGAAGAGGAGACCAUCGGGCAGCUGGUGCUGCGAAUCUGUGAGAAGUUGCCCCAACGACCCGAGGGCGUCCUACGGCUGUGCUACGAUGGGGCUCCAUUAAAGCCUUCAUCUUCCCUCCGUGAUGCUGGCAUCAGGGAUGGAGACACCUUGACGGCUGUGCUCCAUGAUGCUUUCCUGGUGGCAAAUCGCCGCUCCUUCCUGCUGGGCGGUGCCAGUGCCGGUGCCUCUUUGCUUCGAAGCUGGGACACGAGCUCGUCGAGCUCGUCCAGCUCGUCUCCGCCCGAUGUGACGGAGGUCCUGGAGAUCCAAUCAACUCCAUUCGCCUUCUCUGCGGUGAAAGCUGAUGGUUCAGUGGUGACCUGGGGACGAGCAGAAGAAGGCGGCGACAGUGCUCAUGUGCAGGAGCAACUGGAGCAGGUGACGCAGAUUCAGGCGACGGAGCACAGUUUCGCAGCGCUGCGGGCUGAUGGAACUGUGGUCAGCUGGGGUGAUGCAGACUUUGGCGGUGACAGCAGCCAUGUGCAGGCUCAACUGCACGGGGUGCGCUGCAUCCAACGUACUUCGCGUGCCUUCGCAGCGCUCAAGAUCGAUGGCACCGUUGCGGUUUGGGGCGAUCCCCACGCAGGGGGCAAGGUGAACGAGAGUGUCCAGGAACAGUUGCAAAACGUGAAGGAGAUCCAGGCCACCCACAGUGCCUUCGCCGCGGUGGUCAGAUCCCCUUGCGGACCUGGGACGGUGGUCGCUUGGGGAAAUCCUGGAGCUGGGGGUGAUGCUUCAGAGGUUCAAGAAGAGCUCAAGCAGGUGGUCGCGCUUCAGUCCUCAGAGGGGGCCUUUGUGGCACUGCGAGAAGAUGGAACACUGAUUGCAUGGGGUCAUCCCAACCUGGGCGGCUGUCUCACCUCCGACGUCCAAGCGCGUUUCUCUUCGACGGACGGCUCCGGCUCCGGUUCCUCCGUUGGUGCCGUGCAGGCGUCGGAGGGGGCCUUUGCGGCGCUGCUGGAGAACGGCGCCGUGAUCACUUGGGGGUUGGCGCACUUCGGAGGUGACUGCACACAGGUGAAGGAUCAAUUGUUUGGAGUGAUGGCGUUGCAGUCUUCUAGCAAAGCCUUCGCAGCAAUCCGAAGGGAUGGCCGGGUGGUUGCUUGGGGUGCUCACGUUCGGGUGGCUGUACUCGAGAAGUUGAAGAUGAGCUUUGGGGCGUGA